AUGGCGAUGGAGCUGCUCCUCCUCCCUUCCUCGACCGGAACCCCACCGAACCCAAAGCGUAGAACUUUUCUUUCUUCUUCAUCUUCUUCUUCCCCUGUUGUCUGCUGCCGCAGUCAUCUGUGCUGUGCCACAAGGAGGGAGGCCUUCCUGAAGACAGCGGCCUUCUCUGCAUUAUCGGUGGUGUUCACCCUUGGUUCUUCCUUCGCGCCAGCUACACUGGCUGAAACCCACGAGGCGCCUCCUUCUAGCCCUGCGUUAGACGAUGUUGCUUCUCCUCCAGCUCCGCCCCCUCCACGCAAGCCCCUCCUGCCGGGCAUUGCCAGCACCAAGUCAUGGUUCCUGCACAUCGGAGAUGGAUUCUCCAUUCGCGUACCCCCGACGUUUGAAGACGUCACUGAGCCGGAGGUAGGAAUAAUCUAGCUUCGAUUCGCUGCUUUUUCUCCGUUGCCCAGGAAUUGAGGUACUCUACCCUUGUGUAAAUUUCAGUGUGUUCUUCCACUUUAAUUACUGCUUAAAAGCAGAAACUAUUUUAUUUCUUGAUCAGACGCAUGUGUUCAUAUUUUUCUUCUCGACGUCUUUCUAAUUUAGUUUUAGUAAUUUUGACUUGAAUAGAUCUUUUGAAACUGGAUAACACUAUCCUUUAUUGCGAUAGGUAGAAUGAUCCUUCAAUAAAAUUCACCUUCAGAUGGUGAAUCAAAAUUGUUGUAUCCGUGAUUCAUUAACAUUUAAUCUUUCUUAGUUGUAAGCGUUUUUACUGAUCCCCUUUUCUGUCUUGGAUAUUGAUGCAAACUAACCAGCAUCACAUUCUGAAAUGGUUUAUGGUGAAUAAUAAUGUCUUCGUGGCUUAUGAGAAAGAACAUGGGAUAUUAUCUGUACGAUAAUAUUGCAGAUAUGCAUCAGGACUAGAAUGCAAGGAUUACCAGUAUCAUAGAUCCAUCGUUGCCAGUGCAAUCAAACUCAAGAGUGAGAACUUGAUCUUUAAGGACGACACACUUUUUUCAUCAUGUCAACCAAUACUCUAAUCCUCACCACAGUACAUAUUCUUUGUUUAUUAGUUUCACUAUUAAUCAUUGGAGAUAUUAGUCUCAGUACUUUGAUGCCAGAGACAGUGGUUCGCUUCGUCAUUAACUACAAGAUCCUGAAAUUUUGUACACAAGAUGAAGGAAACAUAAUUAACAAAGUGAGAAACCUGCCAGGGGUUGCAUAUUUUUUAUCAUGGCCUUAGUUCGACAUUUUAAUUUGCUUGUAUAAGAAGUUCCUUCCGUCUGAAACCUUUAAUUAUCCCCUCAAUAUUCAUAGACUGGGGCAGCCUAAACCAGACAGUAAUAUUUAUUUUUAUUUUUUGGUCAUCAGGUUUACAUUACUCAAUCCUAUUGAUAUUGGUGAAAAAUAUGAAUUUUAAGCACUCUUUGUUUCCAUCCGAUAAUUAAGUUUCAUAUCUCACAAAAAAAAUGGUAUUUAGCUCCCCAAAAACACUAGAGCACUUGCUCCUGUACGAAUUUAAAUUGUUUAUAUAUGUUGAGUCAACCACUAGAAUGGGGAAAAAAAUAAGGGUUCAUUAGAAGAGGAUGAACAGUUACGGAUCCCGUUAUUACUGAGCUAGAAAAACUGCAAAUCUUCAGUAUUUUUCUCAAUUCAAUUAUUUUGAGCAGGUUGAACUGUAAAUCUGCGAUAUGUAUGCCCGAAAACCACUGGUUAAAGUAAAAGGCCGUCUUAUCCAAUGGGUAUUUCGUAUGUUACAAUAUUUUGAGAAACUUUGUGACAACAUCCUGGCUGUUGUUCUUAUCCUUUUACAUUUUUCAUCUAUUUGUGGAUUUCAGCGGUUUUUGUAAUGUUGUUAGAUUAUGUAGUUCUCAUGCAUACAUUACAUUUUUGAUACUAUGUUGCUUCAACAUUUCAAACAUCCUUUAGGUUGAAGAUCACAUGUACGUAGCAUAGUGUGCUAAAUUAUGUUAAGCCAGGGAUACUAAAAUAGAAUUUAGUAUUGGUUUAAAUAUCUAUUUCUCAUCGGUAUCAGAUGUCUUCUUAUAUGUUUGAUAGUGUUUCCCCUAGGACUAUAAUGCUGGGCUUUCGCUGUAUGGAGACAAAGUAAAGCCUAAGAUGUUUGCUGCUCAAUUUGCAUCACCUGAUAGGUAUAACAAAAUCGAAUUUCGUCUUUAUUUUUUUAAUAUCAGUUUUAUAUACAUUUUUAUGGUCUUCCCUCUCAUUCUUUAACAUUUUUUUUCUUACAUUAGAAAUUUAUCAUUCUUUCAAGAGAGAGAGAGAGAGAGAGCAUGGCAAGUAACAGAGAGAGAGAAGAUGUUAUAUAAUUUUUUUUCUGGAUCACUUAAAACUUAUAACCCCAAAUACGAUGAGGAAACUAAAAAUUUUUAAGUACCCCCCCUCUAAAACUAGAGCAUAUGACACAUAGGCCAACCUCGUCUGAAAAGAAAAGCUACUCAAUGGCUUUGUAAACAAUUCAAUAAGUUAGUCAAGACUUAAUGUAAGAAGUAUAGAACUUAUUCAUCACUUCCUCCCUGAUAAUGGUUGUCCCGGUCAGUAUGCUUACUUGUCUCGUAAAAAUAACAUUUAAAAGAUGUAAUUUUUACAUUCAGAAAAACCAUUUUGUUAGGAUUUGGUGCAAAUGAAGUUUGCUGAACAAUUCCAUAAAAUAUACAAUAAAGUGGAUGCAUUUUCUCAAAUAUUUUAAAGCUUUAUUUAUACGAAUCACAUCAAUACGUGGAAUAUCAAGUCACUACUCUAUAUAGAAGCAUUCAAAUAGAUGAGGGAUUUCGCUCUUCUAGUGGAUUGAGUUAAGUGAUGUGAUAAAAAUCAUUCACAAAGCUGAUGCAAUACUAAUAAUAAAAUUGGGUUGAACAUGACAUAGAUCCCAGAUGUCGAAGUCAACUAACUUCAAUCGAGAUGAGCUUUAAAUGAUGAGUUUUGGAGAGGAGGCGCUAGAUCCUGAUGCCGGACAAAUCAUGUGUGACUGUUUUUAAGAGAAAACAGUAAAUUUCCGUUUAAAUGAAGGAUAGCCAACCAAUUUUUUUUUUCUUUGAGUAAUCAUGGUUGGGUUAUGGUCUAAGCUAGGGUUACUGGCAGGGCGCCUUACUUUCAAAAUCAAACUUAAACCGUAGGAAGUAUGGAAAUUCUCUGUCUAAGGUAAUUGUUUAUAAUGUGUGGAAGGUGGACUAGAAUGGAGGAUAAGGAGGUAGGAACAGUUUUGACUUACGAGACAAGUAUCAUCAGCAAUAAAAGAUGUUUGUUAGGACACUAGAUGAUAGGUUCAGAAUAAGAUUGAGAAUGACUAUACCUUGAUCCCAUGAGUCUUGUACUUGUAGAAUAGUGGAUAGGAGGUGCAGAGGUCCCACACUACUCAAUGGGUGCUAGGGACCAAACAACGAUGAACUGACCCACAGAUUCACGCCUUGAGACCUCAAUUUCACAUGCGAAAAGGACCUUAGCGACCCUCUCGGAGAAAGAGAUAUGGCCAAAAUUUUCAUUCAAUUUUAUUUUUUCUUGACAUCAAGUUCAGCCUCUAUUUAUAGGAGAAACACGAGGCUUUUGAAGGUGCGCUGUUAGAUCCGGCUUAGAAAUCCCAACGGCUCCCAUAACUAAUGGGCUGGAAUUUUGGCCUUAUAUGCUCCUAAAACGUAUUUAAAAACGGUUGGGAAACCCUAUAGUCUUUAACUCAAAUACUUCUUGAAAUGGCCAAAAGGGUUAAAGUUAAACUUGGUAUUCUCCAAGUCCAGUCGCAUAAUUAUUUUCAGUGUAGAUCUUGACCAGUGCAUGGUUGAUCUGAUGUCCUUUUCGGAUCCUCUCCCAAAACUUUAUUUUCGCACUUGAAAGGAAACAUACGAGUACUUGAAGAAGAAUUUUUGUCUGUUUUUGGUGUAUUCUUGCCAAUUUUUUAAUGUUAGCUUUUAUGCAGAUCAGAAGUUGUGAGUGUGGUUGUUCGCCCAUCCAAUCAACUUAAGAUCACUUUCCUAGAGGUUAGUUCGAAUUUAUGGUUAACUUUUUCCUCCAAUAAAUAAUGUCCUGUGAUGUUAUCUGCAAGUGUAACUCCAAAAUGUCGAAAUAAAGUCAAUGAUCCUUUGGAAAUGCCACCAUACGAACUUUCUAAGUCAUAGGAUUCACCAAGUUAUAAGUAUCAAAAUUCAUGUUGCUAGCUGGUACGUUUAUAUCUUUUAUACGUUUAUAUGAGAAAAUUAUUAAUUAAGGCUUAAGCCCUUGACUGGAAAGGAGAUUGAAUACCGUUAUGAGAAUCCUAUUUUCCUUGUUUGGCAUUUACGCUGUAAUUUUAUGCAUUUCACGAAUUAUUUUGUUGUUUGGUUUGGGCCAACAAUUGAUGGAAUAUAUCUGGAGGUCGUUGCUUUGGCCUAAAUGGAUCUUGGCAUCAAGACCAAUCCUUAUUGAUGAUGUUAUUUACAAUUACGAGUAGAUUGCGUAAAUUAUUGGGUAGUUCUAAACAACAAAUGGGAUUACAUUUUCAAUAUUCCUCUUGGUGAUCAUGGCCAUGAAGAAGAUCCCAUAUUCUAACACAUAGACCUCAUUCCUUUUUAUUCAAGGCCUUGCUUGAAAUGGUGAUGCCCUCAUAAGACUGAGGAUUAAAAUUACCUCAUCCCAUGUAUUAAUCAUCUUUUUAACUUUGCCUCUGGACACAUAUAUUUGUCAUCUUCUCCUGCAGUAUUUGGAGUGUCAAAUGUCAAGUCAAAGCUCUUCUUUUCUCUCUACCCGCAGUUUAACUUUUUAAUUCUCUGAUAUGCUUCUGUUACACUUUUGGGGGGAACUGAGUUAUUGUCUACACAGUAUGUUGAUUGUAUCACCUUCAGAUAUUGAUGACACCAUUUUUUCUUCUGUUCUUAUCAAAUCUUAAAAUGAUGUUACACACAUGUAUCACUUUUGACUCUACACUUUUUUCUGGAUCUUGAGUCAACUACGCUGUGAAAAAUUACUGCUUAAAACCUCUAUUAUGUAAAUCAAAAAAAUAUAAGCCCAUCAUAAAUCAUCUCAAAUUAGACCAUCAAUUUUUAUUUUUUCCUUUUAAUCGAGGAGAUGUUUGUCUUGCUCGUAAUUUGUUGUCAUAGUUGCUUUGUAAUUCACAUGUUUCUUGAUGUCUUUGACAGGCCAAGGAUAUUACAGAUUUGGGUACGCUCAAGGAAGCAUCCAAAAUUUUUGUUCCCGGUAACUAUACAAAUCAUUUUUUUUGUUUGUCUAGCGGACAUACCCAGUAGAAUGAUAUGUCAAUAUGUGAAUUUUUACUAACUAGAAUGUUGUCUGAUGUCACCUGCCACGGCUUUUCAUUUUGAAAUCACAUGGGCUAGUUAAAAUACAGAAAUAAUUUUUUAACUCCAAUUUUAGUUUAUGUGAAAAAAAAAUUAAUUUAUUUAAAGAUAAUUAAAGAGGAAAUGCAUCUCUUCUUAAGGUUUUGGGUAGUGGUUAGAUCGUAUCUCCAUCCGCAUACUUUCCUCGUCACAUCUGUUGUGGUAUUUAUCCAGUGUAAAUACCUCAACUGAUGAAAUACAUCGAAUUUAAUGAAGACUUUGUUACUUUAUAUUUCUAUUUUUGAUCUUUCUAUAAUCUAUCUGGCCUCUGAUUUCAUCAAUGUUCGUGCUGGCAUAGGUGGAGCAAAAUUGUACUCAGCUCGGGCUAUAAAGAUCAAGGAGGAUGAAGGAUUGAGGUAGAGUGACAUCUAUUCAAGGCUACCAAUCGGAUGGACAUAUCUCAUCAAACUUCGUGCCCUAAUCUGAUUUUUUUUUUUUCUAACUUCUCAAAUUCACGAAUUGAAGUCCUGCAGAUGAACCCAACUUUCAAUUCUUCAGUACUGAAAAAUCACGAUUUGAUAAUCUUUUUUGUUAUCUAGGAAAGAAAAACCCACCCACCCAUCCUCUUCAUCUGUCUCAAGAAGCCUUUUUCUCCUUUUAUUUACCCUGGUAGACCAUGCUUUCAGGAGUUACUACUUCUACGAGUUUGGUGUCAACGACCAGCAUCUUGCCCUGGUUGCUGCCAUUAACAGUGGGAAGGUAAUGUGCUUACCCAAUCUUCGCCAUCUCUUAGUCUCUUGCUUCUUCCCUCCCUGUAAGAAUCAUAUAUCGAUUCCACCCAAUGGAAAAACUGAAAACCAUUAGUCUGAUUUUCUCUUCUGAUAUGUUUAAACUUUGGAACUAUUAGUCUGAUUAUCAUUUGAUGUAACCAUUAUGGUUCAGAUGGUAAUUUUGUUGGAAUGUUAAUGAUCCUUUAUUUCAUCAUGCCGUCAGGCCGUCAUAGCCGGGGCAGCUGCUCCGCACUCGAGAUGGGAAGAAGAUGGUGUCAAGCUUCGUUCAGCAGCCAUAUCUCUAUCGGUUUCAUAG